UGAUCUAAUUUUAUAUCGAUAGGGGCGAUGAUCCUUCAUCUGUUAAUAAAUGAGGGUCAUAACUUCCUAUCAAUCUCUUUAUUCCGGUCAAAAAUAAAUCAAAAUAAGAAGAUCAGAUCCGAUCCCUAUUCCCUCUCUAAGCACUCUACCAUCUAAAUUAGCCCAUGAUAGAUGAUUAUUAUAUUAUUGCUUUUGCUUUUUCAGAAGGAGCACCAAGAAAUCCGUCAUGGUAUCUCCGCCUUUGCCCUCGCCCUCCACUGGUGGCCUUCUCCUCUUCGAUCCCGACCUCCCAAUCCUCUUCCUCCCUGUCGCAGAGGACGGCCGACGCAGUGGUGGAUGAAAAGAAUUACUUUCAAUGGCGAAACCCCAUCGAUCGCUCCGGAAAGCAUUGUCAUUCGUGUUCCUGGCUGGCCACCUGGAGUCCAGUCUCCGAUUCUCCCUCGAAGAUGCCUCUCUUCCUCCAAAGGGAAAAGGCUUUUGGUUGGGCAUUUGCUCGAGAUGAUCAUAUAAGGUCAGAACAUUUUGAUUGUUUACUGGUUUGCGCCUGUUCAAGCACCUUAUUGGCAGUGUGGACGUUCUGAUUGCUCGCUGUUCCAAAGAGCAAAGAACGAAAACCCGAAGAGCACACGUUUAAAUCAGAGUGAGCAAUGUAUUUUAAGAUUCCACUCAGGGGUGUUUGAUUGGAUGGUAUGGGAGUGGAGAAAUGGGAAAGGAAUGGAAAAUUGAUAUUUGAUUUGGAGAAUUGGUGGUGGAUCCUCCGGCUUCAAUUACCCAAAUAUAGGAAUGAGUCAUUACUUAGCAAAUUUGAAAAUAAUGAAACCUUUCUAUUCAAAUUCAUCACUUCUAUCAUUUCUAUUCCCAGAACCAAGCACCCCUUACUCAUAACACACCAGACCCUGUAAUUUCA